AUGGACGACCAUCUCGACGGCUACUACUAUACUGGCCAGACCCCAUUUCGAAAACCAGACGAAUCAGCUUUCCACUUCCAUGCCCGGCGACUGAUCGCGAUCCAGACCCUGGGUCGGCUUGAGUACCAGGUCGAGGAGGCCGAGACCAAAUUUAAUAGGGCGCUUGGCCCCGUCGAGCUCACGUUUGUCGGACUUGGCGCUGUCAUCGGAACCGGCGUUUUUGUUCUUAUGGGCACAGCCGCCUCAACCAAUGCAGGCCCCUCUGUGACGCUAUCGUUUAUGCUUGGCGGACUCGUUUCUGGAAUUGCUGCCCUGUCGUAUUCAGAGAUGGCGUCAAUGAUCCCCAUCGCCGGCUCGGCUUACACUUACGCAUAUGCGUCUAUUGGAGAACUUGCAGCGUGGAUUAUUGGCUGGGACCUCAUCCUGGAAUACAUGGUCGGCGCUGCAACGGUGUCUGUCGGCUGGUCGUCAUAUCUUGUGGCCUUUCUCCAGGACGCCUUCAAUGUCACCAUACCUAAAACAUGGACAAAGGCACCCAUUAAUUGGGAAAACGGUGCCUUUCAGCUUACAGGCGCCCACUUCAACGCCCCCGCCUUUGCCAUAUCGCUUGCAGUCACCACUGUUAUCUACUUUGGGAUCCACAUGACCGCUCGGAUCAACAAUGUAUUUGUCGUCUUCAAGGUCUUGGUUCUGGUCAUCGUUAUUUUCUCGAUGAUUCCGUUUGUCAAGAUAGAACACUACCACCCCUACUUCCCAUCAGAAUUUGGCGGCGUCAAGGGUAUGCUGGAAGGAGCCUCAACUGUAUUUUUCGCCUACAUCGGAUUCGACAGCGUCAGCACUACAGCUCAGGAAGCCAGAGACCCACAGGUUAAUCUGCCCAUAGGAAUUAUGGCAACCAUUGUCAUCGCAACAGUCAUCUAUGUCGGAAUCAGUGUGGUCACUGUCGGAGUCGCAGAUUACCAUGAUCUGAAUGGCGAUUCUCCAAUGGUGGACGCAGUGAGGAUAACAGGAAUGAGAUGGCUUGUACUACUCACGGAACUGGGAGCUUUGGCGGCGACUACAUCCGUUAUCCUGGUUCUCCUUAUCGCCCAACCCCGCGUUCUCUACGCCAUGGCCAACGAUGGCCUGGUGCCCCGCCUUUUCGCAAAUGUCCACCCAAAGUACAAGACCCCAUCAACCAGCACAUUGAUCUCUGGCAUUAUUUGUGCCUUCUGCGGAGGGCUUCUGCCAAUCCAAGUUCUCAGCGAAAUUUCUUCCGUUGGAACCAUCUUUGCCUACUUUGUCGUCAACAUCGGUGUUAUCAUUCUAAGAUACACGCGCAAAACAGUACCAAGAAGGUUCAAAGUUCCUGGGGGUCCUUUCCUAUUGCCUGGUCUUGGUGCUGCCAGCUCGUUACUCCUGCUCCAAGGAGCCAAACAGGAUGCCAUCAUUCGAUUGUUGGUCUGGAUGGCGAUUGGGCUUUUAAUCUACGUCUUUUACGGAAGGCGGCACUCGGAAAUCAACAACCCCCGACUCGAGGAACAAUCCAUGCGAGUCAUCCACGAGAACUUUUCGACGAACUCCUUCAACUAUGACGGAUAUCUCGAUGACGACCUUCGGCAGCAGUAUGCACGUCAGGUGGCGCGACAAAUGGAUUACGACCAACCACGGCGGCGGCGGAGCGACCAUACUUUGGAUGGACGCACUUCCUCAGAACACGGUAUCCGCGACCCUGGUCACACGUAUGAGAUGUCAGGAAUUCCACCGAACGGCUCGUCACCGUUUGACGACGGACUUUCUGAUGGAGCUGUCGAUAGUGGGCAUGGCGUUGGGGCACCCACGACGCCGAGCGAGGGCCAUCAGGAGGCAAUUGAUGAUAUGAUCGAUGUGCCUGAACAUUUGAGUGGCCACUCCGAGAUCAAAGACCAGUCCUCCAGGGCUCAUGGCCACCACAGCAACAUCAACACUGCCGGGCGCGCUCAUCACCCAGUCAGCAACAACACCAAUACGGACCAGGAUGCCCUCUUCGACCUCAUCCUCCAACAAGUACCAGCGCCCAAACGCGAGAUGCUCUCGACGACCUGGUCCAAGGACUACCUCAACCGUCUCACAUCCCUCCCAGCCCGAGCACUCCACAACGAGCCUGAGAAACUCCGCGAGGAGCAAGUCAAAGUCGAGCGGGACAUGUCAGAACUAGCCUUCCGUGACUACAAAGCGUUUAUCCUGGUCAAGGACUGUAAACAAGAAGUCCAGUCGACGUUUGAGACUCUGGGGCAACACCUGGACCAUUUCCAGGAGACGAUCCCCGAGUUUGUCGAGACCUUGUCUGGAUUCUCGGCCAAAGUCGCACCGAUUUUGGAGAGGCAGUAUGUGUUCUCGUCGAUCUUGGCGACCCAUUCGCAGUUGUUGGAGGUGCUCGAGAUCCCGCUGUUGAUGGAGACGUGUGUCAGAAAUGGGUACUAUAACGAGGCACUCGAAUUGGCGAGUCAUGUCCAGAGAUUGGUGCUGAGGUACCCUGGGAUCGGGAUCAUUCAGGAGAUUGAUACCAAGGUUGCGCAGGGCAAAGAGAUGAUGUUGGUGCAGCUCCUAGCCCAGUUGAGAGAACCUAUCAAGCUGCCUGUCGCGUUGAGGAUCAUUGGGUUUUUGAGACGAAUUGGGAGCUUCAAGGGACAGUUGGACCUGGUCGAGGAGGAUGAUCACCAUCACCAUCCGGCAACAACCUCAAACCCCAAGGGAUCGUCGUCGUUGUUCUCGUCUGUAUCGAGCGUGUCGUCUUCAGAAACUGGUGUGGAGGAUGAGACGCCGCUCAGGAUGCUGUUCCUUAAAUCUCGUGGGCUGUACAUGAACUUGCAGCUGUCCAAAGUUGUCUACCACAAGGGCGAUUCGUUUGGAUACCUCAAGAAGUACAUUGAUGUUACCCGCGAGUGUCUCUUUGACAUCAUGACCUACUACAAGAGCAUCUUUGGCAGCGUCGACCAUUUCACGGGCUUCUCGUCAUCACUAGACUAUCGUGGCGCAGGAUCGGCCGACUCAAGUGCCACCACAACAUCAUCAGCAGGAUCAACCUUCAAGCCCUCGCAGAACUACCCGAAGCAGCACUCGUGGACGACAGACAACCUCUUGGCGGACUUUGUCACUUACAGGACCCAGACCUUGCUUCAGCUGCUCAAGGCGCACAUCCCUCAGAUCAACGACACCUCGGCGUUGUCGUCGAUCCUCACACAGCUCAUGUACUUUGGAGCCAACAUGGCCAAGAUCGGAUUUGACCUGCGGUACCUGGUCACGUCGUUGUUCGAGGAGGCCGUCAUCCGUGUGGUCGGGGGAACCUUCCAGCGAGGAGCAGACGAGUUUAUUGACGGACUUGGAGGUGAUGGCAGGAACUAUCCGGAUUGGCUGCUGCCGAGUCAAUGGAUGCUUGGCGGAACAGGACGCGCGCCUUCUUCAGCAUCUUCAACUCCUCCUUCCUCUUCUACAGCGACAUCUCCAGUGCUGGGUCGAGGAGAGGGUUCGCUUGGAUCAUCGUCUUCACAUACCAUGACACCCUUAUCCAUGUCGCCCCAGACCUGCCUCAUGGACUACCCAGCCCUGGCUUACCUGACCAAUUCGUACCUCGCAGCAUUGAACUCCCUACGUCUGCUGGCCCCACUCUCGCUGGCGAUCCCUCUCCGCGAGAUCUUGGUCGACAGUUUGUUGCGUGUAGACAUGGCUCUGGAACAGUACGACAAAUUAAUCUUUGGAGAACGGCCCUCUGGCUUCCGGUCGAGCCUCAUUGUCGCUACCACCACACCACCAGCACCCUCCGACGCCACUACUACCAACAGCCAUUUCAAGCUGCAGGGCAGGGAAGGAUCGGCGAUUCUGAACGAGAAGAAGAUCAUGGAUGGGUUCGUUAUCGUCUAUAAGCGGGCUGUCCAGGAUUAUAUCUUCAACUGCUUUGAUGAGGGCAUCUAUGGAGGACUUGUCUUAGUGGAGAAGGAUAUGGACGUUCAGGUUGACGAACAGCCCGAGAUCGACACGGAACCUGCACUUAUAACGGAGGCUCCAUCUGAGGCCACCAUGGAAGAAUCAACCGACCCCAUCACAGAACCAACCGCAGAGGAUCUGCCUUCUCAAAACACAAGCACGUCGACCGACCCUACUUCUAAUUCAACCCCAGCAGGCGAACAAGCUACACCCACACCUACAUCUCCUACCCCAAAAUCGCCAUAG